UCUCUCUCUCUCUCUCUCUCUCUCUCUCUCUCUCUCGCUCUCUCUCUCUCUCCCUCUCUCCCUCUUGUACUCACACACUUACAGGAUUUCCCACUGGCAAUCUAGGCACUGCAGUUUAGGGACUAGGGGAACUAUCACAACUGUUGAAAUACACACAUAAGGAACGGUGGUGGACAAUACAUUGGAAGGACCUAUCCACCGUUGAAAAAUGUUCCGCAAGAAGAAGAAGAAGCGACCUGAGAUCUCGGCGCCGAUGAACUUCGAGCACCGCGUCCACACCUCCUUCGACCCCAAGCAGGGGAGGUUUGUUGGCCUCCCGCCCCAGUGGCAGAGCCUCAUCGAGACGCUCAAGAGGCCCAAGCCCAUGGUGGAUGCCUCCAGAAUCACAGACGUGGAGCUCAGACCUAAGAAGACCAUUGUGCGGGGAAGCAUCGUAGGACUAGAUGGCUACAUCUCAGGGAUUAUCUCAGACUUGAACAAGAUUUCAGUGACCAGUUCCAAUUCUUUACGUAAGACAAGUCCCUCAGCAAGGAAGAGGGCCCAGUCUUUGGGCCGACUGGGGGAGGUCAAGGAGGAAGACCGGUACGAGUAUCAAGAUCUGAGCAUGAUGGGAAAAUAUGACUGGCAAUUCAGUUGGAAGGACCGAUCUCGAGAAUUAAAGAGCGAAAGCGGGAGUCCACAUCUUUUUCCAAAACAAAAUGCUUAUCAACCACCCAAUGGGUUGCUGACUAGGGCCAAGUCAACUUUUGAGAUGUACAAGCCUACUUUAGCGGACAAUAGGCCACCAAGCAGCCUCUAUCAAGGUUUGUCCAAACAUAAUGAGCUUGUGGUCUCCACAGAAAGACUAAACUCCAUACAACCUUCUAUGGUGAGAAGGGAGAAGCCUGUAAGAAGCAAUGUCCCAGAAAAAAGACCAGUUUCCUGCUUUCUCAAUCCAGCUAGUCCCUGGCUUGGCGGAAAACACCAGGCCAGUUCAGGCCCCAGUACCCCAGAGCUGACUCCAAAGGAAAGGCUCUUGAGUAGGACACUGAACAGCCCUGGGAGACCACUGUCUUCAUAUGACAUGAAGACAGAUGUCAAUUUCCGACAACAUCUAGAUUUUCGUCCAAAUGGCACCAGUAGCCCUCUUAUUGCUCUGACAAGGACUCAUAGGCCAGCUAGAUCUGUUUCCAGCUAUACCAUGAGACAUUCUCCAACUAUGGUCCCUAAUCAUAUGGCGACAAAUAUCUCUCAGAAAUCAGCUGGCAGCCCCAAGCCUGCAACCCAGCGGCAGGAUAGUCCUUCUCAGGUCCGGCCUUCUCCAACAGGGUCCCCUAAUAUCAGGCCACCACAGACUAGCUCACCAUUUCUCAGGGCCACACAGAAUGGCUCUCCUAGCCCCAAAUCACCUCCUCAAGAUGCCCCCAAAGUGACCCAUGAGCAGUUUAAAGCUGCUCUCAAGAUGGUGGUAGACAAGGGGGACCCUAGAACAUACCUGGAAAACUUUGUCAAGAUUGGGGAAGGUUCUACAGGGGUUGUGUGCAUCGCUAGGGAAAGACACACCGGACGUCAAGUGGCUGUGAAAAUGAUGGACCUCCGGAAACAGCAAAGAAGAGAGCUGCUGUUUAAUGAGGUUGUUAUAAUGAGAGACUACCAGCAUAGAAAUGUAGUGGAGAUGUACAAAAGCUACUUGGUGGAAGAAGAACUGUGGGUCAUAAUGGAAUACCUGCAGGGUGGAGCUCUCACCAACAUUGUAUCUGAAACCAGGCUGAAUGAGGAGCAGAUUGCCACAGUGUGUGAGGCAGUGCUGCAGGCCAUGUCCUACCUCCAUUCCCAGGGAGUGAUCCACCGAGACAUCAAGAGUGACUCCAUCCUUCUUGCCCUCGAUGGACGGAUCAAACUAUCAGACUUUGGGUUUUGUGCACAGAUCAGUAAAGACGUGCCAAAGAGGAAGUCCCUGGUGGGAACCCCAUAUUGGAUGGCACCAGAAGUCAUCUCCAAAACACCGUACGGGACAGGGGUGGAUAUCUGGUCUCUGGGGAUCAUGGUGGUGGAGAUGGUGGAUGGAGAGCCUCCCUAUUUCAGUGAUGAUCCAGUGCAGGCCAUGAAGCGCCUUCGAGACCAGCCCCCUCCCACGGUGAAGAACACACACAUGGCCUCGCCGGUUCUUAAGGAUUUCCUGGGUCGGAUGCUGACCCGUGAUCCAUUGCAGAGAGCGACCGCCAUGGAUCUCCUGGAACACCCAUUCCUGCUCCAGACAGGAACCUCACGCUGCCUCAUCCCCCUUAUUGAGAAGUACCGUAAACGCAUGUCAACCUGCUGAUAAAAGGGAGAAGCUCCACUCACCAGCAGUCACUACAGGGGCAAGUUUGCUGCCUGCAGUAGUUACAGGGGCAAGAUUGAAGCUCUCUCUGAUAUUGCCAGACACCCCAAAGUCUUGCUGAGCCAACGUCAAGGACAAAGAGAGAGAGAGAGAGAGAGAGAGAGAGAGAGAGAGAGAGAGAGAGAGAGAGAGAGAGAGAGAGAGAGAGAGAGAGAGAGAGAGAGAGAGAGAGAGAGAGAGAGAGAGAGAGAGAGAGAGAGAGAGAGAGAGAGAGAGAGAGAGAGCAAAUGGCACUUGUAGCAAAAUUACUCUUAACAGCUUCAACCAAGAAGGCAGAAUUUAUUUAGAAAAAUACCAUGGGUGAUAUACUUGGAGUACUAUUAAUUGCAAGUCUUAUUAAAUCAUGCUGUGCUACUGUGUUAGGAGUCUUUGAGGAGGCACAAGGAAUGGUGCUAAUCCCAGGAUUACUGCUUCCACUUCAGCAAAUAUCAUCUUAUGAACUGACAUGGGGAAUCCAAGUGGUAAUCUGCAAUAUUGAGCACCUUGAGUUAAGCAAAGAGAUCUUUACAGGGCGGACGUGAAGCUGGGAAAUGGACAUUGCAGGAACAAGCUCUCCCUG